GGUAAAAUGCGCUGGUACAAGAUUUUUUCAGUUCCUUUUCCACUUCUCCCUCAGGCGAAAUUCAUGAUUUAUUAAAAGUAGUACAAAAUGUUCCUCGCUACUACUAGCUGUCAACUGGCUUCAUUUUUCAUUGGUGUAGUGCAGGUGUGCUACAUGUCAGCACCAGUCGGUGACUGUGACACCUGCUGUGCCAGAGAUGACACACGAGACAUCGUCUACAAGCUGUUCACACGGUCAAACCCAGAUCAGUUUGAGCAGUUGGCAGUGGGUGGCAGUGGGCUGGCCCCCACCAACUUCAGCGUCACACGACCAACUGUCAUCUAUCUGUUUGGUUUCUCUGAAGCGGCCACCGGACCCAGCACGACUACUUUGAAGGAAGCGUUCCUCGCCGCGGGGGAUUUCAAUUUCAUAGUGGUUGAUUGGUCGCGACUGGUUGUUUUUCCUUGGUACGUAAUAGCGGUGCAAAACACGCGGUACAUGGGACGGCGGUUGGCGGACUUCGUUCAAGCCCUCAACUCUGCGGGGGUGCCGGCCAGCUCGGUGCAUGUGAUCGGGUUCUCGCUCGGGGCGGAGGCCGCGGGCUUCGGGGGCAAAGCCCUGAAGGCGAGGGGGUUGAUGCUAGGACGGAUUACGGGUCUCGACCCAGCCUACCCUGGCUACCGGUUCAAGGACAAGAACGGCCACCUCAGCAAAGGUGAUGCGACAUUUGUGGACGUCAUCCACACCAACCCUGGCGUGUUCGGCUUCCCCGAGGCGAUUGGGGAUGUGGACUUCUACCCCAACGCCGGCCAAUGGGUCCAACCAGGGUGCUGGAUAGACCAGCUGGUGAACAAUAAUGAAUUGGAUUUGGUCUACGGUUGCAGCCACAACCGCGCGUGGCGGCUGUACGCGGAGUCUCUCAGCAACCCGGCCGGGUUCCCCGCAACCCUGUGCAAGAACUGGCGGAACAGCUCCAAGUGCGGUUACAAUGUGGACGGCUACAUGGGCGAUGCUGCCCAACCACCGAUGAAAGGAAUUAUGUAUUUAGAGACCAACGCCAAGUCUCCGUUUGCAAGAAACGGACCGUGACGUAGUGGCCAAAGAGUGACGUAGCGGGACAUCGUGAGUCGUGACGUAGUGGACAUCGUGAUGUAGUGAACACCGUGAUGUAGAGGACACUGUGACGUCGUAGCACAUCGUGACGUAGUAGGUCUUCGUUACGUAGCGGACAUCGUGACAUAGCGGACAUGGUGACGCAGUGGACACUCGAGUAACGUAGUAGGGCAUCGUAACGUAUUUGCACAUUGUGACGCAAUGGACAUCGUGACGUAGUAGGACGUCGUCAAUAAAAGUGGACUAACGUCACUACGUUCGCGUUAUAAUAAACGAACGUAGUGGACUAAACAAGGACUGUCUCCAUUCUUUUAUGCUAUGUAGCCGUAGGGUCUAUCGUGUCAAUU